CAAUUUAUUACUUCCUGUUUUGAGUCCUUGGUAUCACGCGUGGAAAGUGUUCUCUGUGCUAUUGUAUUUAUUUCGUGAUAAUGACUUUUUUUACACGCAUAAACGCACUAUUAUGUAAAAGUAGGCUUCUACGAAAACAUGGUAGUGUAUUUACCAGAGUUUGCUCUGUCCCAAAAGUUCUGCGCCACAGCCAAUUGAUUCAUGGACAUACGACUACAAAUGUAACCUCAUGUCCGCCACUGCACUUCGCUUCUGUUGGCCACCUUUUGGCCAAAAGAUGUUUUUCGGACAUCGACGUGGGGAGCAGUACCUCAUUGACGAGCAGUGACGUUAUUCGGGAUGAAACACCGGAGCAGGAGAGCGACUUUAAUGACAACCGUCACCUGAGCCAAAGGCCGACCGAGACGUUCACCCUGGAUGUUUUGGUGUCUUUGCUGCGACAGGAGAACGCAGAAGACAUCUGUGUGAUUAAAUUACCGGAGCACAUCAAAUACACCCAGUACUUCAUUGUCGUCAGCGGCGUAUCACCCAGACACCUCCGUGCUAUGGCCCAUUACGCCGUCAAAGUGUACAAAUUUCUGAGGCAGGAUCACAAUGCUCAUGUGACGAUUGAAGGAAAGACCGCAGAAGACUGGAUGUGUAUUGACUUUGGGAAUAUGGUGGUUCACUUCAUGCUUCCAGAGACCAGGGAGGUGUAUGAACUGGAGAAACUGUGGACUCUGCGCUCCUACGACGAACAACUGAGGAGAAUGCCUGAUGAGAAGCUUCCAGAAGAUUUUAUAUUUGACCUUGAAGACGCUAAAUGAUAACUUAACCCGAGCAGGGUUUGACUGACGCUCACGUUCUAUUGCGCUGUGAUAUAAUAUAUCUUUGUUUGCGUUUGCUGAGGGAGCUUGUGCUGACCCAUUCAAAUCAAGUCAUUUUUUUUUUUCAAAGUGCUUUUAGCACAAAUCUUUGUGACUUUUACCAAAUGUUCAACUUUUUCAGCUGAACAGUCAAAUUGACUAAAAUGUUGUAUGCAGUCACGGUCCUCACAUUGUAUUAUAGCUACCCUGGAAAGUAGAGAGUAGUCAAUGUACAGCUUGUAUAGCAGUAUAGAUGAACUGAAAAUAACAGCCAUUAUUGCAAUACAAGUGAGUAGCAAGGUAAUUGAGGAGCAUCACGGUCUGGGGCUGCAUGAGUGCUGUGGUUCAUUUGGGGAAACACAUUCCAAAAUGUAUUGUGACAUUCUGAAGAAGAAGCUGGGCCGCAUGGCGGUUUUCCAACAUGAUGAUGAGCCCAAACACGCCUCCAAGAUGAUCAAGAGCUCCAGAAGGUGAUGGAGUGGUGUCUCCUCCAGACCCAGUUAAGCACCUGUGGGGGCAUCCUCAAGCAGAAGGAAGGCAGAGGCCUGCAAGGUAUCCAACAGCGGUGUUAUCAUGGAGGAGGGGGAGAGAAUUCCACUAACGACAUGUGCAGGUCUGGUGAAUUCCAUGCCCAAGAGGAUUAAGACGGUGCUAGAUGACAAAGGUGCUCUAAUACACUAAAUACAGUAUUCACACCAAGCUUGGACACCAUUUGGACAUGUUCCCUGUGAGGUGUACUCACUUGUGUUGCUAACUAUUUAGACAGUAAUGGCAGUGUGGUCAGUGGAUUGUAUGCUUUACACUGACUACUCUAAGUUGCAGUUCUAUAGUGUUGUCCCUUGAGAAGAUCGGAUGCUGAAAUGUGACGGGUGUGCUGUUGAACUUGAUAUCCAGGUUUGCACAGCAAAUAUGAGCAAACUUGCUUGUUUCUGUGAUAUUAAGAUGUAUUAAAUAGUUUGGUGACCUAACAAUAUCCU